AUGGCAACUAACGCUGCCGUGUACCUCGAGUCGCUGCUUCGCAACGUCGAGUGGGACGACUGGGUCGCAUGCUGGGGCCCUUCGUUCGACUCUGCCUUUGGCAACGAUCUCUCAACGACGCGCCAAGGACAAGUGUUCCUCGCCUCAGUGAGCCAACCACGCGUCUCUGUCGCAGACGAAGUCGCCUACUGGCAGCGCUACGGCCUCCAGUCGUACGAGCUGCAGUGGCAAAACUUCAAAAUCAUCGGACUUGACAACACAUACAGCAUCGUCAAUGCGCUCGGUCUCACAUACCCGUUCACGCUCCAGCGCAGCCAGGGCCAGUUUCGGCUCGAGUUUCAGACCACAUACAAGCUCUACUGGUCGCUCGCUAACGACCUGGCCAACCUGCAAAACCAGACGAGUUUGCUGCGGUCGUCUCCUGUCUUUGCAUACGCCAACACAUCGUUGGAAGAUGUCUACUUGGCGAACGCCACCUUUCUGACGGCGCCGCUGCCAGCAGGGUACGCAGUCGUCGGUGCAGCGCUGGGUCCGUUUGGUGCGAUUGAUGCCAAGUACGUCGAAGUGCCGCCGGUCGUCCGCGCCGUAGCUCGGGACAUCAUCACCAUUGACGACCACUGCCUGCAAGUGCCGAGUGCAGUCGCCGAGUGCGAGGCCACUCUAACGGCCGUCACGCAAUGGACGUCGACGAUGGCGCCACUCCACAUACCGUCGCAGUCGGUGGCUAUGGACGCGCUUGUGGCGCUCAACAUCUCCCUCAUGCAGUACGGAUAUCUCGACGCAACAUCCCCUCUCGCACUCUUCACGACGCCGAUUCUGGACGAGAAUUUCGUCUUUUUUGGCUCGAUGUUUGUGCUAGAGUGGCUCCGCGGCGAGCGAGAUGUCGUUACAUUUACAGGCGACAACGGAUCGCUCACACUGCUCUCGGACCUCGUCAUCGAAGCGGUCGAGCCGGUCGAAGCCGCCGAGCUCUCUUCGACGUUUGCUCUCUACGCUCAUGCCACCGUGCAGUACAUCACCUACGUUAUGGCAGGUCUCGCUGCCGUUGCAGGUGUUUACAUUGUCGUCAGCCGCGGCCGCAUCGAAGGACUCAACAUGCUCGAGCUCAGUCGCGUCGGCGGCAUCGUCUGGGUGGGUCGCCCGCUCUUGGUCGUACGGAGUGUUUCUGCGCUCUGUCUCUUGUCGACGGCGACGUCGCUGUCGCUACACUAUCCAAGCCCGCACCUGGUGUCGUUUGCGACCGAGGCCUCGUCAGCGCUGACAACGUGCUUGGCAGCUAGCGAGGUCACGUGGCUCGUUGGUAUUCUCAACGACAUUUUCCUCGUGACGACGCGCGAGCACUCGACUCGCUACACCACCAUCAACAGUGUGCUUGUGUGGGCAAUGGCAGCGUGUCUAACAACCCUCCGACCCGUUCAUCACAAGGCCAAUAUGGACUUUCGUUGCGUCCCCACGGCACUGGACCUCCAAGUCACGUGCUCGACCGGCACCAUCGCGAUCGGCUGCUACGGCCUCGUGCGGAGCCUGUGGCCCGUGUCGGCGUCCGUCCGCCGCAGUGAGUCGCUCCUGCUCACGGCCGGCGCCAAGUUUCUCUUUUCGCACGACGGCUGGCUGCUCGGCGAUGUCUACUACAUGGAUCGCGCGUCGGCGCUGCUGAGCGGCCUCGUGACGGUCUCAUGGCGCGGCUCUCUACUGGUCUUUGACGUCAAAACGUGGCGGCUCCAGCCAAUGUAUACAAAGAAGCUGGCCGCCGAGCUCGUGCUUUCUCCUCGGCUCGCAACGGCACUACCGCUUCCCGACACGCCGAUCGAGGACCUUGUAUGA